CUCCUUCUCCGUGAACUUCCGGUCUCGAAGAGGCCUCCUACAGGACGUCGGGGAAGGAGAAACGUGGCGAAGAGGUGAAGUUCGAUUAUCGAGAGGUGAACACACGAGGUUUGCCGCGCUCUCUGUCAGUUUCUCGCUCGCUGUCUCUCUCGCCAGGGCGUCGUCAUCGUCGUCGUCGCCGCCGCCGUCGUCGUCGUCGUCGUCGUCGUCAUGGGCGGAUGUACCUCCAAGGAUACCACGUCGAACGACGACAAGAAAACCAGCAAUAUGGUUGAUCAGGCAGUUCUGGACAAACUGGAGGCUGGCUUCUCCAAAUUGGCUGCCUCUGAUAGCAAAUCUUUGCUGAAGAAAUAUUUGUCCAAGGAGGUCUUUGAUCAACUUAAGACGAGGAAAACCUCCUUUGGCUCCAGCCUUCUUGAUGUCAUCCAGUCUGGUGUAGAGAAUCCGGAUUCUGGCGUUGGUAUCUAUGCCCCUGAUGCUGAAGCUUACACGGUUUUCGCUGACCUCUUCGACCCCAUCAUCGAGGACUAUCAUGGCGGCUUCAAGAAGACUGACAAGCAUCCACCAAAAGACUUUGGAGACGUCGAUACUCUUGGCAACCUUGACCCAGCCAGUGAGUUCAUCGUCUCCACUCGUGUGAGAUGCGGCCGUUCCUUAGAAGGUUAUCCGUUCAACCCAUGCCUAACUGAAGCUCAAUACAAAGAAAUGGAAGAGAAAGUCUCCAGCACUCUUGGAGGCUUGGAGGGUGAACUGAAGGGAACCUUCUAUCCUUUGACCGGCAUGAGCAAGGAAGUCCAACAGAAGUUGAUCGACGAUCACUUCCUCUUCAAAGAAGGCGACCGCUUCUUGCAAGCCGCCAACGCUUGCCGCUUCUGGCCUACUGGCCGUGGUAUCUUCCACAACGACGCCAAAACUUUCUUGGUCUGGUGCAACGAGGAAGAUCAUCUUCGUAUCAUUUCCAUGCAGAUGGGCGGUGAUCUUGGACAGGUCUAUCGUCGUCUAGUGAGCGCCGUGAACGAAAUCGAGAAACGACUUCCGUUCUCCCACCAUGAUCGUCUUGGCUUCUUGACCUUCUGUCCUACCAAUCUGGGUACUACAGUCCGUGCCUCUGUACACAUCAAGUUGCCGAAGCUGGCCGCCAACAGAGAGAAGCUCGAAGAAAUCGCUGGAAAGUUCAAUCUCCAGGUCCGUGGUACUCGCGGAGAGCACACCGAGGCCGAGGGUGGUAUCUACGACAUCUCCAAUAAACGCCGUCUCGGUCUGACGGAGUAUCAGGCUGUGAAGGAGAUGCACGACGGAAUCGCCGAGCUGAUCAAGCUCGAGAAGGAACUUUAAACAGAGCGCGCCAGAAAACAGAACAGCCACGCGGUCAUUUCCUUCUUUUAUUCGCCCCUUAGAUGUUCUUGACGCAUCGAGGAUCUCAUUUUCAUUGGCAAAGCAGAAAUGAAAUUUCAAAAAAGCUUCAGUAAAGUCGUACUGUUUUUUUCAACUUGAGAGAAACGCGUGUCGGAGAAAUUUUUUUCAAAGAGUUUGUAAAACAAAAGUUUGUGAUUUGAAACGAAAAGAGAAACGUACUAUGACACUUGUACGUUUCCGAACGUGAGUGAAAGAAAUCAAAGAACAAAGAUCCGUAGCCUACAAAAGAAAA